AUGCCGUCAAGAGACUUCCAAAGGGAUCUAGCUCAGGCCUGCCUUCCCGGGGUCUUCUCCCGACUGAGUGAUGUCAGAGCUGGAAGUGAGAGCGGGUCUUUCUACUUUACAUAUGCUACUCCCUCCAAAGCUCAUACGAUUGACGUUGAAGCAAUAGUGAUAGAUACGUCAGACUACCCCAAACACCACAAUUACUUAGCGUUUGUCACGUCGUCAAAUGUUCCCGAUGUGGUUCCUAUUAUCCUUGAAUCGUUGCAGUACGAUGGGGCUUUUCGUGGCCUUGGUAUCCAUCGCUUCCUGAAAGCUAUCACUGAGAGUCUGGAUGAGGCAACGUUGGCCGAAGACAGCCAAUGGCAUUCUCCAGAGGAGGAGACUGAUGAAGAUGAACCAUUCGAUGAGAUGGACUGGGAAGAGACUGGCCUCAAAGAAUUUACCUCAGCCAAUGUUACCAUCAACGCCCGCGCCAGCAUCCGUGACGAUCUCCGCAAAGCCCGAGAGGCUGGCUUUCGUGUCGGUCACCUCGGGGAUGUAGACGGGUGUAUCAUCUUGUCCGCCUCUUACCGCAUCUCGAAACUUGGAAUAUCUCAUGAGGCCAUGGAGGCCUGGCGCGUUCGACCUUCCGAAUAUCUUGUGCUUCUAAUUCGCUACCCGUCCGGGUACCGCCUAUUGCCUGAUAUUAUUCGCACUGGCCACUCGAGCGGCUCCAGUCUUAUCCAACUAUAUGCCGGUCUCUGUGAGAGCUACAAACCCAGCCUUGCAUCUGCGCAACAGAUAUUCCUGUCCGGGGAAGGAGUAAGACUAGCGGACCAAAAUGCACCUACCAGCGUACAUGGUAUGGAGCCGGUCUUGAAAUCUCUUUUCAUCGGGAAGUCGCUGCAGUCCCUGCUGAAUGAUCGCUUUGUCAACCUGGUCAAACAUCGCCUCGAACACGGCCUCUCAUGGCCAGGGGCCGAGUUAUACUUGAAUGACGGCCAGGGGAGGCUUACCAACGCCGAGCGUACACAGAACCCAGAGUAUCACAAGCUCGAUAGUUGGCGUACGUCGCCGCCGGCCGUCGUUUCACAGGAUCACUUGGCUGAGACCAAAAGCCAGUCGGAGAUGUCACUGCUCCUGAUUGCCAUGCAAUUUACACUCCGCCGCUUUGUCAAGUGUACUGAAUUCUGUCUCAACUGCUACUGCAAGAUUGAUGCCGACUUUGAGGCCCUGAAACCCUACGUGUGCACAAAAAAGCUGUGUCUGUUUCAAUACAUCAAUCUGGGCAUGGGACCCAGCCUGGAAUGGGAAAUCUCAUCACAGCCGUAUGUGGUUGACCUCCUCAUCAGCUUUGCUUAUGCUAGGGCUCAGGCGUAUAAGCUUGAAGACUUCCCCACUGGUCUCAUGAUCCAAGUCCCUAAUACCGCAGCGAGGAAUCAAGCAGAGCCUAGCGUUGAGAUUCAAAAAGGGCAGUUGAAAUCGAUUCACGGCAAGCCAUGUCUUCGGUUGCAGAAUAGGCCUAGGAUCGUUGAAGGCGAUUGGGUUGUCCUGCUCACAACCAUUGAUAGACCGGGCAUGAACACCGUCCCCCGGAAACUACACGCGCGAGUAGAGGAUACGUCCAGCUGGCCCGAAAUCAUCCUCUCGGAUUUGCUCCUCAACGGUGAACCGCUCCCAGUGAGUGAGGUGCUCACUGUUCCCGGUAAAGAUAAAGUCUCCUUUGUGCUCUACGACACGGACUUUGAGUCGCUUUCCAAUCAAGACAAAGCCGAAGCGCUAAACGCGCUCCUAAACACGCUGCCUACGGUUCCAGCCAUGAAGGAUUUCAUUGAGCAGGGCCACGCUGGCCAUCUCAGACCCCUGGCCGAAUGGAAGCAUCGAAUACUCCCAGGGGCCUUACAGGUGCUUCAAUGGAUUGUUGGGUCGAACCGAUCAGUAAUCAUGUAUGAUGACAACCCGCAGCACCAGGUGUCAGGAAUGGAUGGCUAUCUCCAGUUUCGGUUUGCACAGGGAGCCCCUGACAAGGAACAGCUGUUUGUGUCGGCUGUGAGCAAAGCCGCGGCUCGACUAAAGCUCACGUAUCCGACGCUCUUCGCCUGGCACGGGAGCGGACUAGCUAACUGGCACAGUAUCGUUAGAGAGGGCCUUCAUUACAAGUACGUCGCGCAUGGCCGCAGUUACGGCAACGGUAUCUACAUGUCCCAGGAUUUCAAUACCUCAUUAAGCUACACUGGUGCAUACAGGACUCACGGCGUCGAUACGACCAGCGUCUGGCAGCAGAGCCAGCUGAAAUGCCAAUUUGCGAUCUCAUUGAAUGAAGUCGUCAACGCACCGGCAGAGUUCGUCUGCCACAACCCAUGUCUAGUGGUACAAGAUGUAGAGUGGGUCCAGCCACGGUAUUUAUUUGUCAAGUGUCAUGGGGAGAAGCUGAACCGGCCAAAGUCCCAGCCCUUGUUGAAUAUUUAUGCUCAGGACCCCAAACGCCCAGUGACAGGGUCAUCGCACCCUAAUGCUAUUCAGAUUCCCAUAUCAGCCAUAAACAGCCACGGAGCUGCCAAAUUGGCUAGUCAACAGCUGCCGGCGAAGGUAACGGCCAAGGACAAGUCGCCGAACAGCAAGAAAAGAGCCACUGGCACUGUUGACACUAACCCUAUCAUCAUCUACGAUACCGAUGAUGACGACGACGCGCACAGUAUCGUAACACUCGCAGAGGAUCGGGACCUCUUGCUCUCCGACGACGAAGAGACCACCGCCCCUACUGAUGGAAAGUGGCCCGAUACCAAGAUGAAAUUCGAGCCAGGCUCACUAGACCCAACCACGAUCCAGCUUCUUGGUGAGCCAGCAUACGCAACCUCUAGAUCAACUCGCAGUCUUCAGAGGGAACUUAACGCCGCACGAAAAGCCCAAACCGAGCGCCCGCUUCACGAGCUAGGCUGGUAUAUCCACAGCGACAUAAUCCAGAACAUGUACCAAUGGAUUGUGGAGCUACACAGCUUCGACAAGCAUCUUCCCCUGGCACAAGACCUCGUGAAGGCCGGCUACUCCAGCGUCGUUAUGGAAAUCCGGUUCCCAUCGGAUUACCCUCUCUCCCCGCCAUUCCUCCGGGUCAUCCGGCCUCGCUUCCUACGGUACAGCGAAGGUGGUGGAGGCCAUGUCACCGCAGGCGGCGCAAUGUGCAUGGAGCUCCUCACGAACUCGGGCUGGCUGGUCACCUCGUCGAUUGAAAGUAUCCUCCUGCAGGUCUGGAUGGCGAUCACCAAUGAAGACCCUCGGCCCGCGCGGCUCGAUAGGAGGUGCAUGGGCAGCGAAUAUGGUGUCUUUGAGGCGAUUUCGGAGUAUAAGCGCGUGUGCAAUGCUCACGGAUGGAAGAUCCCGAAAGAUAUCGAUCAGAUUCAUUGGAAGUGAUGGAAUCUGCACCCUUCCUAGACGGAUGACACCGUGGUUA